AUGGAAGUGGUGGCUCAAAAGAGAACGAAGAAGAGGAAACCUAAGGCGAAGCCUGAGGAUCUGUUCAACGUGCCUGGUGUCCACAAACUUGUUCUGGACGAGGACUUACAGAGGCUACUAAAGUGUGAGGUCGGUGUAGAUGUUUCCGUGGAAAAUCCGUGGAUUUACCUCAACUUCCGGGACGUGUUGGACCACCUACAGACUUCCAAAGACUCAGUCUUUACCCCCUACAAGUCGGACUUGGAUGACUUCCCCUUGGAUAACCUCUUAGUGGGUUACAUUCCGGAUGAAACCAACGACUACGACGAGUUUUACGUUUGUGUCACCGAAGAGGCUCAAACUAAAAUCAGUGCCCUUGUAGACAGGUUAAAGGAGGAACAGUACAAAAAGUUGAAUCAAGUCGUCGUAAAAACCUCCAAGCCCUGGCUUCCUCAAGGGAGUGACCACUUGGUGGUGGGCAUCAUGAAUUUGAACACCAGGCCUUUGUUGCAAAUACUAAUCGAGUCCAAGUAUCCCAUUUACAGCGGCAGGUCACGAUUCAGAAUUAGUAACAGCAUGAACUACACCGAAUUGACCUGUGACCAACGCAUCCCCGUCAUAAGUAAAAGGAGAAUUGAUAACUGGAUGCAGGCGGCUCCAACUUACACCACCAGAGAGGCCCAAACUGUGUGCACGUUCCCCAGGAAUGCAACCACCCAAUACAACUACCAGUACGACCAAAUUGAGCUGGAACCCUUCGGUGGUAAGGUCAGUAGUUACUUCGAAAGACACAGUAAGUCCCUGACAGACAUGUUAACAAUCAAUGGGUCGUUCAACUUGUACACCUACGACUACAGCGAAUUGUUGGCAAGAGGACAACUGCCUUCAAAGAGAGACCAGCUGAAGGUGAAGGAGUUUAUGUCGUACUCGGACAUCCGGAGGUGCAGGGGGAGAAUGGUUGAAGCCAUGACUUGGCACCCUUUGUUCAGUUGGAUCUUCGUUGUUGCUUACUCCAGCUACUCCUCUUAUCACUACAUUUCUAACGAGCCCACUGAUGAUGAGGUCUUUAGGGCAGUUCAUGACCCUAACUACGUUUUAGUUUGGAGCCUAUUUGAUUAUAUGUCACCUGUACUAAUUUUGGAGGCCCCAAGAGAAGUAAUGAAUCUCUCCUUCUGCCCUUACGAUGGCAACGUACUAAUUGGGGGUUGCAAAAAUGGACAAAUAUUAAUAUGGGAUAUUAGAGAUAAAAUCAAACCUUAUGACCCCAUCCUGAACCUAAAACAGAAGUCAAUACGCCAGCAAAUUUAUUUAUUUUUAAACUGGGAGCAAUUCCUCCAACCCAUAGAAGUAGUGAGGCCCAUACUCACAUCUGAUUUGACCUGCUCCCACAAAAGCCCCAUAGUGGGAAUCCGUUGGAGGUCCCCCUUCCAUGACUUCACAAAAACAGGACGGUUAAUAGAAAGGGAUGACACAAAAAUUUCAAUGCAAUUCGAAAGCUGCAGCUUGGAUGGCACCAUCAACCUUUGGGACAUGGUGCAAAAGUUGAGCUUUAAAGACACAGCGAAGCUGAAGCAAUUGAGACGCCUGAAAAGGAAGCCGAGUGCCUUAAGACUGUCGGAGUCUCCGUACAAAAAUCUUGAUUUGAGACCCAUUUAUACGGUUAACGUAUCUAAGGAUGAUAAAAAUUUACUGGUUACCCAUGCUUCCAUUAAAAAGUACUCCAACCUCACCUAUCAGGUUGAAAAUCUGGAACUUAAAGACGAAGGCAAAGCAGUAUUUCAUCCCAUAAUUAACCGUUCGGAAGAAGUUUAUGCUGACAUGCACAUAGGGACAAUGAAAGGAGAAUACGGACACAUAAAAUGGGACGGCCAACAAUUAGAUGACGACGAACUAGUUCCAGCAGAAAACUGCCAGUUCCUGAACUACAGCUCUUGUCACGACGGCCCAGUUGUUCAGACAGCCGUCAACGAAAGCGGUACCGUACUCACAGUUGGAGGCACAAUAUUCGCCUUGUGGAGGGAUGAGUGCCAACACGGCCCGGUGUUGUGGAGGAAGGUGGACGAUUUGAUUUGUCAGGGAAGAUGGCACAGCAAAUCUGGAUUCAGCAUAAUAAAAAGUAACGGAUUUAUGGAGUACUGGAGGCUGGAGGUUGAUAGUAAUAAUAGGUUGGACCAAGUGGUGUUGAACAUUGGAAGCAAUUUGAUUUGGAAGGAGCAGCCAAGAAGUGUGAACGAAAAUUUGUUCGCAGCUGGUGAUGAGUUUGGCAACUUAAGAUUACAUCUUUUGGACACGACCAAAGACCAAAACAGCGAAGAGUUGGAUGAGUUUAUUUGCCGUGAAGUAAAGGCAAGAAACAGUUUCAACAAGUGGCAAAAAGAAUGGUGUGACAGAUAUAUUAUAAAACCCAAAGAGAUCAAAGUUGAGGAAAAGAAACUCCAAAAAGAAGAAGAAGCCACUAAACCACUAACUAAUUUAAGGAAACCAAUUAUUUUGAAAGAAAUUCAACAGACGAUCAAAAACAAAAAGAAAUUAGACAUAAACGAAUUAAAGUGGCAAAAAGAACCGUAUGAACAACUUGAAAAACAUAAAUUGGAGAAGAAACUGAAACAAAUUGAGAUUAAUAAACGACGUGAGGAGUUGUUCAAAUUUGCAGUGGAAACUAUUUUCCCUGCUCAAGAAAAGAUGCACACAGAAAUUGACCCUUAUAGUUUUCCAUUUUCUGAUCAAGAAACUGUUAAUUGCUUCAGUUGCUUCGAAAAUAUAUGCUUAGAAGCUGAAGAAUUUAUAAAGAACAAUCCUUACGAGUACGAAUAUAGUAUGGAAGACGCAAUGAGUAAAGUCAACGAAAGGAGAAGAAAACUUUUUGAAGCUCAAGGUCCGAUUCAUCCUCACAAACUUAGACUCAUCGAAGAAAGGCAGAAGAAGUUGGAAGAGGAGAAAAGACUAGAAGAAGAACAACAAGCUGCGUUGAAAUUGAAACAAGAACAAGAGGAGGCGGAGAAAAAGAAAGCAAAAGGAAGAUUGAAAAUGUCCGGAAAGUUAAAAGUUGCCAAAGAAUUAAUUACAGAAAUUUCUGGAAAGAAAGAUGAUGCUGAUAAAAAUGAAUCGUUAAGUGAAAAAAGUGAGUUAGCUGUCAAUGAGAAUGUUAAUUAA